UAGGUAAGAUUGUCUCUGACAUCACUUAGCUAUACAGUGAGAUCGCGAGUGGUUAGUCUUUGGGUGACAGAGGAAACUGCUCCUUGACUGAUAAGCAAGCACUGCAAUAGAGACACACAUGCUGUUUCAUAAGGAUACUCCUGAUUUCCAGAUAUAACCAUGUUUUUGUGGCUUGAACUCUUGGCAUUUGGCUUUGCCCUUCUGGACAACAAUGUUUUUGUCAAAGGAGAAACAACUAUAAAUUCUCCCAUGCCCACAAGCACAUCACCUCUACCUGCACGCUCCACUGCACACUCACCUGCAGGCGACAACGAAGGGAAUACGGAAAACUCUUCUGAAACUGGUGUCAUUCCAACAAGCAGUGCAAAUCUCACUCAUGCAUACUCAGACUCUUCCAUGGGAUCCAACAAUCAGCCACACAGCAGCACUGCUGCCCUUACUUCACUCACUCCUGCUACCACCAUGCAUAAACCACCAGAUAAUUCCAGUAUGACAUCCUUGCACAGCACCAUUUCACCAUCUACGAGCCUUACUCCAACCAGCACUACAGCAAACAUGCCUGAGUCUUCCUCAGACACCUCACAUUCCAUGACAACGACUACUCCACCUCUCAAAAAUGAAACCACGGCAGUAACGACUCCUCCCAUAAAUUGUGACCAAAUUACUCUUACAAUGGAAAAUUAUACCUACACUCAGAACUCAGUCAAUGGAAAACUGAAAGUUUUGGAACAAAAUAAAGAAAUAACUUCAUUCUCUCUCAAAUGUAAAUCCAAUUGUACUAUAGAAAACAAUAUUAUCAGAGGACUUCAGGAAUGUCAAACAUAUGACAUUGAAAUAGGCGUUCGUAGUUAUAACAUUGUACGUUCAAUUGAUGUCCCACCUGAUGAAAAAAGUUACUCCUUUGGGACUGAAGUAAUAAGUGACCACUCUUUUCAUUUAAGUUGGACUAGAAACUCCUCACUUAAAUGUAAUUUGACCUAUUCGUAUUCCUGUCAUAAUGAUAAAACAAAUGAGACCUUGAAAGAUGAACGAAAAAGUAACAGUAAAUAUAAGGAGACUAGAAACUGUAAUUUGAUCAACUAUGCAGACAGUAAUGGCUUGGUCAACCAUAUUUCAAAUCCCUGUAUAGAGCUGAUAGGUCUGUCAGCCAACACUCGUUAUUAUUGUACUUCAAAAAUCUUUUUUAAAACCAACAAAACGAUCAAAGAAGAUAUGGCAAAUAUAACAACAGAUUAUGGAAAACCAGAGAAACCUCAACUAGAUGGUCCAGUAAGCCAAACUUCUACAAGUGUAUGGUUUAAAUGGAAACCACCACCAAAUGAAAGAGGCCCUAUUCAUGGCUAUAAAGUGAAAUGUGGUAAUGAAUGUGGGAAUAAAGAUGAAGAAUGGGAUAUUGAGAACACUUCUUAUAACUGUACAGAAUGUAAACCUUACAAAAAUCAUACUAUAGUACUUAAGGCAUACACCAAUACGACGAAAACACAACUUCUUGGGGAAACGUUGACUUUUACUGCAUGCACAAAUCCAUCAAAACCAGAUCCAGUGACGAAUAUCCAUGUAAAGCUUCUAUCCAAUAAUGCGGUCCACAUUACGUGUGAGGGGGGUGAUGAAAAUGGCAAAUUAAGAAAUUUCACAUUGAAAUGGGAUGGAAGAGUCUUUAACAAUUCCAAGUGUGAAUUUUAUCAAUACAAUCUUUAUUACUUGACUACAUACGACAUUGAGAUUUACAUGUACAAUGGAGUUUUGUCGGGGGAUAGUGCCAAAGAAAAAGUAACGACAAAAUACAAUUCUCAAGCCCUGAUUAUAUUCCUGGCAUUCUUGAUUAUUGUGACAUCAAUUGCCUUACUUAUUGUUCUGUAUAAAAUCUAUGAUCUCCACAGACAGAAAUUAAGCAAUUCAGGUGAAGAUGUGGUGCUUGUUAAGAGGGAUGAUGAAAAACAACUGAUGAAUGUAGAGCCGAUUCCUGCAGAAAUGUUGUUGGAAACCUACAAGAGAAAGAUUGCUGAUGAAGGAAGACUUUUCCUUGAUGAGUUUCAGAGCAUUCCCAGAGUUUUCUCUAAGUUCUCAAUAAAGGAAGCACGCAAAAACUACAACCAAAACAAAAACCGUUACAUUGAUAUUCUCCCUUAUGAUUAUAACCGAGUUGAACUCUCAGAGAUGGAUGGAGACCCAGGAUCAGACUAUAUAAAUGCAAGCCAUAUUGAUGGUUUCAAAGAACCAAGGAAGUACAUUGCUGCACAAGGCCCCAAGGAUGAGACCACUGAUGAUUUCUGGAGAAUGAUCUGGGAACAUAAGGCAACAAUUAUUGUUAUGGUGACUCGCUGUGAAGAAAAUAAUAGGAACAAAUGUGCCCAAUACUGGCCGACAACGGAGAACAGCACUGAAACUUUUGGGGACAUUGUUGUGAAGAGCAAUGAAAGUAAAACGUGUCCUGACUACAUUAUUCAGAAACUGCAUAUUACAAAUAGAAAGGAGAAGACACCUGGGAGAGAUGUGACUCACAUUCAGUUCACUAGCUGGCCAGACCAUGGAGUGCCUGAAGAUCCUCAUCUUCUCCUCAAAUUACGCCGCAGAGUUAAUGCUUUAAGCAACUUUUUUAGUGGCCCAGUAGUGAUUCAUUGCAGUGCUGGUGUUGGACGUACUGGAACCUAUAUUGCGAUCGACGCUAUGCUAGAGGGGCUGGAGGUAGAAGGCAGAGUGGAUGUUUAUGGCUAUGUUGUAAAGCUCCGUCGACAGCGAUGCCUAAUGGUUCAAGUGGAGUCACAGUACAUCCUGAUCCAUCAAGCACUGGUGGAAUACAAUCAGUUUGGUGAAACAGAGGUCACUCUCUCUGAACUGCACACCUACCUUAAUAAUCUGAAGAAAAAAGAUCCUCCCAGUGAACCCUCUCUGCUGGAAGCAGAAUUCCAGAGGCUACCAUCCUACAGGGGAUGGCGGACACAGAACACUGGCAAUCGACAGGAAAAUAAAAGUAAAAACCGGAAUUCCAAAAUGAUUCCAUAUGACUUUAACAGAGUACCAAUUAAACAUGAAGAGGAGAAAAGCAAAGAGAGUGAACAUGAUUCAGAGGAAUCAUCUGAUGAGGACAGUGAUUGUGAGGAAGCAAGCAGAUACAUAAAUGCAUCAUUCAUAACUGGCUACUGGGGUCCAAAAGAAAUGAUUGCAACGCAAGGGCCACUACCAGAAACAAUCAAUGACUUCUGGCAAAUGAUCGUUCAAAGAAAAGUCAAAGUAAUUGUUAUGUUGACAGAGCUGAAAGAAGGAGAUCAGCAACUCUGUGCACAAUACUGGGGAGAAGGAAAGCAAACAUAUGAAGGUAUAGAAGUUGAAAUGAAAGAUGUCAACCUGUCUUCUGGCUACACCAUACGUGCAUUUGAUGUAACGCAUGGGAAGAGGAAAGAAACUCGAAAUGUGUAUAUGUACCAGUACCACAAGUGGAAUAGCUUGGAGCUUCCUGAAAACCCCAAAGACUUAGUUACCAUGAUUCUGAACCUCAAACAAAAACUUACAGCUAAAUGUGUCACUGAAGACAUCAGAUGCAGCCGGAGCGUUCCAAUUGUCAUUCACUGCCGUGAUGGAUCUGAACAAACUGGUGUAUUUUGCGCCUUGUUGACUCUCUUGGAAAGUGCAGAAACAGAAGAUGUGAUAGAUGUCUUCCAAGUUGUGAAAUCUCUUCGACGUGCCAGGCCAGGAAUGGUCUCCACUUUUGAACAAUACCAGUUCCUGUAUGAUACUAUUAGCAGCAUCUACCCUGCACAGAACGGACAAGUAAAGAAAAACAGCAAGCAGGAAGAUACAGUUGAAAUUGACAUUGAAGCAGAUAAAACAAAUCAGGAGGCUAAUUUGAUUACUAUCGAUAUCACCUCACUGGAGUCAGAGGCCAAUAUGAAUAUGGAAGUGCGUGAAGAUUUCAAAUCUGCAGAUGGCACUCAGGGAACAGAAAGCUCUUCAAAUGGACCCAAGACUCCAGUUUUAACUGAGAGUGCUUAGAAAAAUAUAUGAAAUUUGGAUAUACAAAGGCAUCUUAAACAGAAUAGGUAGUAAAGAUUUGAUCUUGAGUUAAUUUUUCAGAGGUACGAUAUGGAAAGAAUACUUGAAAUUUGUGGAUAAUGUAAUGCACUGUGAAAAUUUAAUUUCUGUGUAGAUUUGCAUUUUAUUCCUUUCAAAUUAUUUGAAUUAUUUUUGAUCUUUUUACAAAUCUGUAUAUUGUAAUGCUGAUUUCCAUUAUGGUCUGGUAUUCAGGAGUGGAAAGAAAAGUCAUGCUACCUUUUUUCAAUCUUAUUUUUGUUAUAAUAAAGUAAGUAGCCAGGACCGGAAUCUCUAAUAAUGUACAGUCAUAAUAUAAAGUUAGAAGUAUGGCAAAUAUGAGGUUUCUUGUAAGUAAUUAUUGUCUUACUAUCUUUAAAUUGACUUAGUGGCUAAGGAAUAUGGCCUGAAUUUCAGAAAUGCAAUUCCUAUUGACUUUAGUUAGGGUUGUACUUGCUUUGCAGAACAGCAAAGCCAUAUCUGGGGCAUAUCUUACAGAUCCAUUGAAGUCUAUCCUUACCAAUCUAGGACUGUAAGCUUUGCAUUUUUCUAACUGGCCUCAAGAUGUCCUCAUUGCUCCACACAAAUCCAUCUAAGAUUUCAAUAUUUGAAAGAAGAAAGUCCAGAACCUGGAGUAUUGACUGAUUGGAGAAACUUUGAUAGUUAAUUGAAUUGACAUUUGGCCACUUGAGAUCCCAUGUGUUACCACAACUGCUUCUUGUGCUAUUUUUUUCUAAUUUAAAGAGAGAGCUUCUGCAAAAUUUCACACCUAUUAUGUCUAUUCAACAUUCCAAAAUACUAUGCUAGUAAUAGUUCAUGCUACUAGCACAUUGCUGAUUUUAUUUAGUAGUUUCAUAUUAUGUGAUGAUUUGUAUGUUACAGUUUGGAUUAUUUUACUAUUGCCUUAGUGGAUUUCAGCCUAAUCUUUUAAAGCCAAAUAAAAAGGACAAUUAAUAAAUUGCA